CCUGGCCGGGGGGCUAUGAUGGUGCACUGCGCCGGGUGCGAGCGGCCCAUCCUCGACCGCUUCUUGCUGAAUGUGCUGGACCGCGCUUGGCACAUCAAAUGCGUUCAGUGCUGCGAGUGCAAAACCAAUCUCUCGGAGAAGUGCUUCUCGCGCGAGGGCAAGCUUUACUGCAAAAAUGACUUCUUCAGGCGCUUCGGCACCAAGUGCGCAGGCUGCGCGCAAGGCAUCUCGCCCAGCGACCUGGUGCGCAAGGCUCGUGGCAAAGUCUUCCAUCUCAACUGCUUCACCUGCAUGGUGUGCAACAAGCAGCUGUCCACGGGCGAGGAGCUCUAUGUCAUCGAUGAGAACAAGUUUGUGUGCAAAGAUGACUACCUAAGCUCAUCCAGCCUCAAAGAAGGCAGCCUCAACUCAGUGUCAUCCUGUACAGACCGCAGCUUGUCCCCGGACCUCCAGGACCCCCUGCAAGACGACCCCAAGGAGACGGACAACUCGACCUCGUCGGACAAGGAGGCGGCCAACAACGAGAACGAGGAGCAGAACUCGGGCACAAAGCGGCGUGGCCCGCGCACCACCAUCAAGGCCAAGCAGCUGGAGACGCUCAAAGCCGCCUUCGCAGCCACGCCCAAGCCCACGCGCCACAUUCGCGAACAGCUGGCGCAGGAGACCGGCCUGAACAUGCGCGUCAUCCAGGUGUGGUUUCAGAACCGACGGUCCAAAGAGCGCCGGAUGAAGCAACUGAGCGCCCUGGGCGCACGGAGACACGCCUUCUUCCGGAGUCCGCGACGCAUGCGUCCCCUGGGCGGCCGUUUGGACGAGUCGGAGGUGUUGGGGUCCACCCCGUACACCUACUACGGAGACUACCAAGGCGACUACUACGCGCCCGGAGGCAACUACGACUUCUUCGCUCAUGGCCCGCCGUCGCAGGCGCAGUCCCCGGCGGACUCGAGCUUCCUGGCCGCCUCGGGGCCCGGCUCGACGCCGCUGGGCGCCCUGGAGCCGCCUCUCGCCGGCCCGCACGCCGCCGAGAAUCCCCGGUUCACCGACAUGAUCUCGCACCCGGACACGCCGAGCCCCGAGCCGGGCCUUCCAGGCGCGCUGCACCCCAUGGCAGGCGAAGUGUUCAGCGGCGGGCCCAGCCCGCCCUUCGCCAUGAGCGGCAGCAGCGGCUACAGCGGACCCCUGUCGCACCCCAACCCCGAGCUCAAUGAGGCCGCCGUGUGGUAAGGCCGCCUUCCCGACGCGGCCUCCCGAAGCCAAAAUGCCCAACAGCGUGGACGCGGCGGGAGAUGCAGGGGCUCCCUCGGGGGGCCUCUCUCUUGGGUCCGCACUGGAUCGAUCGGCAGCUGCUCCUGGGCGGGGCGCCCAGGGAGCCGACCCCACCCAGGCACCCCGCGGGCUCCCUGCCUUCCAGACCCCAACCCUCCGGAGGAUCGACAGAGAUCC